UAUCAGCUUGGGAUUACUCUAAUUGGGUCCGUUGAUUAAGAAAAAAUUACUUUUACAUCCGAUCCAUCUCUUUUCACAGCAUAAAUGCUCUCUUUUGUGUUUUUUUUUUUUCUGACCAUGAACUACUUUAUAAGAUAUUAAAACUGGUUCCAGAUGCGGGGCAAAGUGUGACGGGACACAGUACUUGUGUAAUGCCAUCAUAUCUGUUUGUUUCCCUCUCAUCCAUGCUGGUUAAUGUGUAAUUUUGAAAUGCGUGGUAUCUUCUAGGCGUGGUAUAGGUACUUGACGCCUUUAUCAGUACAUAACAGAGAGCAGGUUUGCCAAGCUCAGUUCAUUCUUGGAGGUUUCUCAGAAGGAUCAGAAAUGGCCAAAGCAAUGGGCAUGUCCAAGAUCUUGGCUGUCGGCGUUGGGAUCCUCACAGUUUCUUCUGUUUGUGGUUUAGUGAUGAUGGCUGUGGUGUACAAAAUUCAAAUAGAUAAAUUCCCUCCGGUGAGUCCACCACCUCCAAUUAGACCUACAGUUAUCCCAACAGAUCCUCCAUCGAAUCUCAGACUUCCUGACAGUGUGAUUCCUGAGAGCUACAAAGUCGUCAUUCAACCGUACCUUUACUCAGCGAUAACGAAUAACUAUACAAACCAAUCCUUUGCUUUCACGGGAGAGUCAACUGUUAGAGUAAAGUGUAUGACACGCUCCAAGACCAUCUUUCUUCAUGCUCAGGACCUAAAUGUGACGACCGUAGAAGUGACAAAAUCGGAUUCAGACGAGAAAUUAACAGUGAAUCGAUAUAAAAUUCAUCAGAAUGAAAGUAAUUUCUUUGAGAUCCAACUCGAGGACAUAAUGUUGGGAAAUGGGACCUACUAUGAUAUUUUCACCAAAUUCGAAGGGGAACUUUUUGACGGCUUGGAAGGGUUUUAUGUGAGCCGGUACACAGAGAAUGUAAAAGCCAAGGAAGAGGAGAAGGAGGAAGAUGAGUAUAAAGAGAGAUGCCUCGCCACCAGUCUGCUGCAACCCACAAAUGCCAGGAAAGUGUUUCCGUGCUUUGAUGAGCCAGCGCUGAAGGCUGUGUUUCAAAUUAAUGUGAUCCACAGACCUGACACUAUUGCCCUGUCCAAUGAAAAAGGAGAUGCAAAAAAGACAGAAAUAGAUGGAGAAGAAUGGGUUGAGACUACAUUUGAAGAGACCCCCAUCAUGUCAACUUAUUCAUUGGCCCUCACUGUAUCUGAAUUUGAAUCUAAAAUGAGGUCUUCCGUGACAAACAUACAUAUACAUGCUCGGAGAGAAGCUUUUUCUGCUGACCGUGCUGAUUACGCACUUGAAGUUACAGCGAAGAUUCUGGAUCACUAUCAGAUUACAUUUGGAUCAAAAUACCCACUAAAAAAAAUAGACCAGAUCGCUUUACCAGACAUCAGUGUUAGAGCAACGGAAAACUGGGGUUUAAUUUCAUAUCCGGAGUCAGGUCUGCUGUAUGAUAAAUCUACAGCAUCGACCUUUGAUCAAGAACGGGUGGCCACCCUGAUUGCUCAUGGAUUAGCACAUCAGUGGUUUGGAAACCUUGUUACCAUGCGCUGGUGGAAUGACUUAUGGCUGAAUGGAGGAUUAGCGAGAUACAUGUCUUACAUUGGAGUGGAAGCUGUUGGCUGGAACUUUAGAGAUCUAAUUGUUCUCAGAGAAACCCAGACUGCCUUUCAAGUGGAUUCCUUAAACUCUUCCCAUCCUCUCAGCUCUCAGGAAAAUGAUAUUCAAACUUUCUCUGAGAUCACAGAACUUUUUGAUUCCAUCACCUACAGCAAGGGUGCUGCUGUUUUGAGAAUGCUGGCCAAAUUCAUGACCGAAGAAGCAUUUAUGAAAGGAAUCAAGAAUUAUCUUGCCAAGUUCGAGUACCAGAACACUGUGUACAAGGAUCUUUUGGAAUGCUUGCAAAAGGAGACAAAAGAAGAUGUGGAAGGCUUCAUGAGCACAUGGAUUGAGCAAGUGGGAUAUCCAGUAAUCACCAUUAUUACCCAGACAGGGGAGACUACUCAAGAACACUUUUUACUAAAGCAAACACAGGGUCAUGAUAUUGCAUGGCAAGUUCAUAUCAGACACAUGACGGACAGAGAUUCUGAAAAGAAACCCGUAACACUGAAAGUAAAAGGUCCAGUCAAAUUGCCAUCCUUCCAACUUCAAGACAGAGAUGAGUGGCUUCUUGCAAACAUCGACUGCACUGGCUAUUUCCGCGUUAACUACGAUGAAGAAAACUGGAAUAACCUUCGUAUCCAACUUGAAAGAAAUCAUCAUAUCAUUCCAAUCAUCAACCGAGGGCAACUUAUUGAUGACGCUUUUAAUAUAGCAAGGGCUCAUCGCCUCAACAUAUCUAUUGCACUAAACCUAACCAAGUACCUAGUAAAUGAAACUGAAUAUAUUCCAUGGGAGUCAGCACUGAAAAACCUGGAUCAUUUAGUCCUCAUGUUUGAUCGCUCUGAGGUCUACGGUCCAAUAACGAAAUACCUACGGAAACUAAUCACACGACUAUAUGAACACUUUGAGGAGUACACAAUAAACGGAAUGGUUCCUGAGAAACACACUGACCAGUAUAACCAGGUAAAUGCUAUUUCAGUAGCCUGCAGCAAUGGCCUUGCUAUUUGCACAAAAAUGGCUAGAAGUCUAUUCGAAAAUAAUAAAAAUGAGAGCAAUGAAUUUAGAAUGCAUCCGAAUUUGAAGAAAGAGAUCUACUGCAGUGUAAUAGCUAAUGGUGAUGAGGAUGAUUGGGAAUUUGCUUGGGAAGAAUACCAAAAAGCCACGGUCGCUGCCGAGAAAGACAAACUAAGAUACGCCUUAUCAUGCACCAAAGAAAUCUGGCUGCUAAACAGAUAUCUCCAGUACACUCUUGAACCUUCAAAGAUAAGAAAGAUGGAUAUGGUCUCUACCAUAAACUACAUUGCCAAAAACGUCGCCGGCCAGCCUCUGGCUUGGGAUUUCAUCCGUGGGCACUGGUCCUACAUCACCCAAGAGUAUGGAGCGGGAGUCGUUUCUUUAGGCAGUCUGUUAGAUGCUGUUACAAAAAGGUUCUCCACGGACGUCGAACUUGAAGAGCUGAAGCAGCUUCAGAGGGAGCAGGAGGAGAAAAAACAGGGAAUUGCAGCUCGAGCUUUGGAGCAGGCCAUUGAGAGGACAGAGGCCAAUAUUAUGUGGGUGAAAGAAAAUAAGCAGAUUGUUAAGGACUGGUUCGUCGGAGAGCUUUAGGAUCUUUUAGCUUUUGUAGGCCUGCACAAUCAGAGUAUAGUCAGAGGAGCCAAUACAAUCAAAAACUGUUGUAAAGGCAUUCUGCAGCGAAUGGAAAUGCAAGCAACCCCCUCCUGUGGUUCUGAGAUUGGUUUGAACAAAAGACCACUUUCACUGGAGAAUAAUUCAAGCUUUAGAAGGGAAGAACAAAGAGUGUGCAAUUUUAAAAUGGCUACAUAACAGAUCCCCUAUGCUUUGUUGAGUAGUUAAUGCCAAAUCUAUUGUGUAUAUUAGAGAAAAGGCCUAGAACGAAUGUUUAGGACAGCUUAAUUUAUUGUCUUUACUAUAAUUUAGUUGAUAUUACUGACUAAGUAUUGUUUACAGUGAAGAAAUCACAUCUAAGCACAUUAGGAAAAAGCACAAUAUGUCUUUUUUAUUAUUUGUAUAGUUGAAUUUAAUUAAAAUACAUACAAAAAAUAUAAAAGCUAGUAUUUUCAUCUCUGUGAAUGACUGAUUGAGAACCGAAUGAUAAAAAGGUUAUGUGUGUUUUUGUGAGACUUAAUAUUUUUAUUGGAGUCAAACAUGUAAAUCUUUAAAUAAAGUGCAAUCUUUU